UCGAAUAGGUUUUAAGUGCCUGAUUAGUCCGACGGGGAUUGUCGUGCAGUGCGAUGCAAGUUCGGUACCUUCAAAUGUCGAAGAAAGUGCAUUCAGUGCUUGCUACCUUAGUGAUUUGCCAGGCGGUGGUUGCCGUUUCCGGUUUAAAUUCGAACGAUGAUGUGGUGGAACGAGUUUCGGGCAAGCAGCUGAGUCUGCAAACGCUCAUCGAAUAUUUAGGCAGUUUGCUGGCAGAUGUAGAGCCAGGAAAUGGGACGAAAUGUGAUUUGCAACUACAGGCAGUUCUGGGAGAUGGUGUUGCAAAUUUCUGGGGACUUCCGAUGUUCGAUGCCUGGGGUAAGAUUCCUUCGGGAAUCUUCGAGGGUAACUUCUACGAUCUUGGCAGCUUCGAAGAGUGUAGUAAAUUUUCCCACGCCUCUAACAACGUUACGGUAGGGCAGAUAAAUGGCCAGUACUGUCUUCUCACUAUUCCAUUGGAGUUAAGCGCCCGCCGUGCAGUGCAGAAUGUGGUUCUGUUCGACGAGCGUGGAUUUCCGGGCAGCAAGGCCACACUUGGAAUGCAAAUUGGAACAUGCUUUCCAAACACGUGCGAUAGUAAAUAUCUGACAGCUUUACUAAAUGAUGUGAAAUCGACAUUCCUGAACACUUCUGAUGUUUCACUCAAGUGCAUUGAGCCAGUGGGUGAUAUGGGAGCGAAAGAAAUAGCUGCUAG